GGAGACAUUGCUUGGACAACAGUUGGCGCUGUGUCCUGUGAUUUGGUCAAGAGCCUUGAGUCCAAAUGCAGCCAAAGAGUGGCCGGCGCGGCGGCAGCAGCAUGCUGCUGCUUGUACUGCUGGCGACCAGCUGCUUAUUAGGCUCUGCGAAGCCUUCGCGCGGACGGCCGCGGACGGUGCGUUCCGUGCUCUUGGCCUCGGACCUGGCGGGGAGGACUGAGCCGGAGGAGUGCAAGCUCAGUGGCCACAAGGAUCUCCAUUUGCUGUCUCCGGCCACCGCCUGUUGUUAUGGCAAGAUUGUGAAGAACACCUCCUGCUGUAUGGAUCAACAGAUUGCCCCUGGCGUCACGCGGAAGACUCUUCAGAGGAAGGGCAUGCACUGGAAUUGCACCGAGGAGAACUGCUGGGACACCGUGCAGGGCCCACGUGGCAGAGACAGCUUUUGGCUCCCCGAAGGCGCCACCUGUUCCACGCCCAGGACCUUGUACACCCACGGCGGCAGUUGGAUGUAUGGCUCUCCGGACACCGACUCCUAUGCCCAGCUGGGCUCGCGCCUGGCCAAGGUCACAGGCACGGUUGUGAUGCUCACGGAUUAUCCCUUGGUCCCCGCAGGCAACUAUAGCAGCAUUCUGCAAUGGGCCAUUGACGCGUUGCAAUGGCUCAGCUUGAACGGCCCCUUCGAGGGCUGUGACGAGGAGCACGGUGCCAAGCGCGUGCCACUCUUUGUGGGUGGUGACAGCUCGGGCGGUGGCACGACGAUGUCACUGGUGUUGACCUUGGCGAAGAGGCCUCAGUUGCUGGGCCAAAAGCUGGCUGGUGCCUUCUUCUUCAGUCCGUGGACCAACUUGAUGUGCAACACCCCGGAGUACUACUCGAAUGCUUUUUCAAAGAUCCAGGGCUCUGGGAAGUUCCAGGAUGAUUCCAAGCUGACAAUGUACACAGGGGACAUCCUUUUCCAGGAGGUGACGCCGGAAAACGCGGAUGCCUUCAAUGGCAACGCGGUGGACUACCUUGGGGGCGACUUUGAACUGCAGACCGACCCCAUCGCCUCGCCCUUCUUCGCCCAACCCGCCGACUUCGCAGGCUCCCUGCCGCCGCUGUACUUCGCCGUGGGCGCCAGCGAGUCGAUCCUGGGCGACUCGGUGCGCGUGGCGCAGCAUGCGGCGCAGGGCGGCUGCGACGUGAUCUUGGAGGUCUAUCAUGGGAUGUGGCACGUGUUUCCCAUGUACUCAGAAGGCUGUGGGCUGGGCGAGCCUUUAUGGGCAGGAGCGUAUGCCAUCAACCAGACAGGGCUCUUCGUGCGACACAUCCAUGAGCAAGGGCGCUUGCCUUACAAGCUCAAAGUUGAGGGGCCAAAUGGAGGGCCACCUGAGUCGAGCAUCUUAGCAAAGUUCUGGCAGCCGAGCGUCAGCAAAGUGCCCUUCUUUCGCUACUUGUAUGACCCGAACGUGAGGCAUUUCUCCAAGGUGGGCGAGCUACUGCCGAACCGAGAUGCCACCUACAGCUACAAGGACAUCAUGAAGGAUCUGGCGAAGCAGUCGCCUUGGAUUGUGCUACCCUCCCUCACAGGUGCUGCGGUGACGAUCUUCGUGAUGGGCUUCUGCCUCGGCGGCCUCACCGAGUUCGGCGGUGAGCGCGCGGUGCGGCGCUUCGCGCACGGUGGCGGUUGGUGCACGGGUUUUGCAGGUGGGCGAGUUGGGUGGAAGUUCAGCGCCAGGAGCACGAGUGGCACCGCGCGGGCUCCGCGCCCGAUCUACUGGGGCAGCCGCUCUUGGAGUCUGAGAAGGUCGAGCGGCGCUUGAAGUCCAGGCGGCCGAGCUUCAUCCAGGACUUCGUCCAGGGUGUGCCAGAGUUGAAGUUCUGAGCUGGGAAUUCUCAUGAAAUCGCAUGGUGGAAGCAAUCUUCCUUGACAACACAAGGUGUGGCUUUAGAGUCGCCAGUGAUUUGUCGUCACUCAGUGACUCUGUGGUUGGAGUCGCAACAGUUUUCUUCUCCGGCGCAGCAGGGCCUAGGGUCUUGGGGUCAGAGGCUGUGCUGGAGUUUGUUUUGCUUCGGCGCCGUCGAACGGCGCCGUUCGGCUUGGGGUGCAAUAUCCCCGGUCACCGGCUUCUUGCAGCAGACGGUGUCAGAGGACUGGCACCAGGACAA